AUGCAAAUCCUUCUCACAGAUGCCAACAUCCGCACUCACUGUGCAACUGCAGGCGGCUGGGCGGGCGCCGCUGGCCAGCGCCGCGCCCGCCACUUCGUGCCCACGCCGGCUGAGCGCCGGGGCGGCUCGUUUGAUGCCGCAGAAACCUACGACUCCUGGCGUCGCGUCUGGAAGGAGCCUCCGCCGCCUGUCCACACCCCCAAGCCGCCCCUAAUCAACAAGGAGGAGCGCGCGCUGCUGAAGCAGAGCGCAGAGGCAGCGGGCCUGCCUCGGAACGCAGCGGCGCGCGUCGCGAGCGGCGUCGCCCAGGGGUUUGUCCCGAUCGACCCCGUCGCCAUCGCGCAGCGCAUCAGGGGGCUGGACGAGCUGCUGGACAGCCCCGGGGCGGCCGCCCGCCUGGUCGGCCGCAGCCGCGAGGCCCCGUCGCUGCUGGGCAUGCCGUCGCAGCGGCUGGCGCGGCAGGUCGAGCUGCUGCGGCGGCUGCUGCCCGGGUACGACCCCGAGUGGCUGCUGUCCGCGGCGCCGCGCUGGGCGGCGCACGGGCCAAGCACCGUCGCGGGGCGCCUGCAGGAGCUGGAGUCGCUGUACGCGCGGCACCUGGGGGCGGAGUUCCCGCGCGAGCGGCUCGCGACGCGACCCGGGCGGUGGCGGUGGCUCUUCACGCUGUCGGAGCGCUCCAAGGAGGUCAACGCGCUCGAGCUGAUCGUCCGGUGGGUGUGA